CGCAGAAGGAGGCAGCUGAAGGGGGGGUUGGACUCUGCGCCAAAAUAACUCCAGUCUGCGCGCAGCGAUGACUGCAUGUCUGGGUCCGCUGCUGCGUGAAGCGAUCAGAGGCUGAACGACACGAUUUUUAGGAAGACAGCAGACUGUGGACGGAGUCCAGAGUUCCUGUGUGGCCGGAACAAAAGACAAGGAAAGUUUUUUUUUUUUUUUUUUUUUUUUUUAAGAUCUUGAGGUUGGAACGCCUUUACUUUCCCACGGAGCGCAGGGAAAUCACGCACAUCUGCGUGGAAAAACACUUAGCGAGAAGGCGAGCCCCGCUUCCUCGCAGCCAUGAGCUCACAGACAGGCUUUGGGAACGUUCUGUUCCAGAGCAUAGACAGCGACCUGAGUGCAUCGCUUGCAGUGGCAGAUGAGUUAUCCAAAGAGUUUAGCUCCAUGCUGCAGGAGGCCUCUUCCAGCAAUGACGGCGCAACAUCUGAAAAUAAGACCAGAUCCUUGCCCCCCAGAGUCAACCCUCAGUUUUCUGGACCUUCCAGCCUCUCUGGCUCCACGUAUUCACAGAGCAGCACCAACGGCACCUCCAGCUCCAAACCCUUCUCUCCUACCUACACCAGUGACUUCAGCAUGUCCAGCAGCAGGAACGCCCCGUCACCCCCCGUCAUCUCCAACAGCCCCCACUCCUCUCCAAAGAUGCACAGAGUGGUGCACAACACACAUCGGCGGUCGGGAUCGGACGACUUCACCUUGAAGGCGCAGAUUCCCAAACAGAUGCCCCGCUCCCCGAGGCCCGACUCCCCUUCAUAUUUUGAGAGGAGUCCACAAGGCUUAAUCGGUCACAGGGAGAGAACCCAGUCUCCGAGCCGGAUGACGGGUUCUCUGGACCCGUUACCUCGCUUGGCUUCACAUCAGAUGUCCCAAAAUCUGCUGAAUCCGUUUGACGGCAACCAGAUGAGCCGCAGGUCCCCUCAGCCAGACAGAGGGUCCGGCCAAGGGUAUUUUAGAUCUCCCUCUCCUCUGUCUUUUAACAUGCAGGGAUCCAGCACCCUUCCUCGCAAUUUUACCGCAUUCAGUCAAACUGAGGAUUCUGAGAAAAGGCAAAAAAGUCCAGGCAAGUGGAACGAGUCAGAUCUGGACAUGUCCUAUGAACGGAAACCGCAACAUUCUUAUGACAAGUCAGACUGGAUCCGAUCGCCUGUUCCAAACAGCAGCUGGCGGGAAUCCAACCUUGAUAGCCCUCCUCAAGCCUUGAGCCCUAAAAAGGAUCCUCGCCUGGCUUCCUACCAGGGUUCCUACAAUUCUUUGCCUCGCACUGCUCGCAUAGCGGUUCCACCAGAUGCUUCGUCCUCCGGUCACUCCCCUUACACUCAGCCCAUCAGCAGCCGUGUCAACAUACCGCCUCCAGUCACCCGCCAGAGCGGGCGCAUACCGCUCUCUGUCAUCAUGCGCCUCCAAAAUCCUUAUUAUGGACAAAUGGUCCAUAACAAAAACUUUGACGGCAAGGAAAACUUUGCAGCCUACCGCAUGUCUGAAGCUCCUCAGAGGAAGAUCUACCAGCCGCCUCCUUACCCGGCACACCAUAAUCCACCUGAGCUGAGACAGCCCGCUGUUUAUAGCGACGCGCUACACCCAGGGGACAUCGACGCCGAGCUGGAACGCCUGGAUUAUCUUCAUCACAACCCAGCAGCCGUGGAGCAUCCCGCCAGGCCGGCGGCUGCAGGGGAGGCAGAACCGGCCGUGACUCCUGCUCCUCGGCCCCUCAGCCCCACCAGUCUGCAGCCGGUGGUGGCCCCCGAUGUCCAGAUCCCUGAGAUCCCAGAUCGGGAGGAGCUGCUCCUCAUCAGGGCCGAAAUCCCCCGAGCACUUAAGAGACGGGGCUCUGUGAAGAAGAAGGCCUCCCAGCACCAGCCGAACCAGUAUAAAAACAUGAUCCACAAGCUUUUACGCAAGAAAGAGCAACGCCACAAGGGGGCAAAAGGCAGCGACAGCUCCUCUGACGGGGAGGAAGGCGCCCUGCCCCCCGUGCCUCAACCUGUAACUCAGACAUCUCCAGUGAUUCCACAAGAUGACAAAUACAACUCCAUCCUGCGCAAGGGUGGUCGCAAGAAAUCUGGAAAGCGAGCCAGACUUAGCCCACUGGUCCUGCUGCUGGAUGGAGCGUUGAUGGGAGAACUGGACACGGUGAUGCAAGCCGUCAAAGAGAUGAGCGACCCCAGCCAGCCGAACGACGAGGGCAUCACCGGCCUGCACAACGCCAUCUGCGGCGGUCAUCGCGAAGUGGCCGACUUCCUGGUACGCAGCGGAGCCAACGUCAGCGCACCGGACAGCCACGGCUGGACUCCGCUGCACUGCGCCGCCUCCUGUAACGACCGGGAUAUGUGCGAGUUUCUGGUGAGGAACGGAGCCGCCGUCAUGGCCUUCACCGAGAGACACGGAGCAGUCGCCUCUCAGAAGUGUGAUCCUUACCUGCCCGGCUUCGAAGAGUGUGAGAGCUAUUUGAAAGCCAAGGAGGAGUCCAUGGGGGUGGAGAACAACGGGGUGCUGUACGCUCUGUGCAGCUACCAGGCUCAAGCACCUGACGAGCUGAGCUUCAAGGAAGGAGACAUGGUGACCAUCCUGAAGAAAGGCGAGGGCUCUGACUGGUGGUGGGCCUCGCUCUGUGGCAGGGAGGGCUUCGUUCCUAACAACCUCUUUGGGCUUUUCCCAAAGGUUCGUCCAAAAUCUCACUGUUAAGGGAGUCCUGUGAACGUCCAGGGCGGUCGGCCCGCUGAACAGGACCGCCUCAAACACUCUUCUCACCUUCACAAUGUUAUUGGACUCAAAUGUUGGAAGACUGCUUUGCUGCGAGGGAUGGAAGCUCCUCUCAUGUUCUCCAAGGAGGACAAUCUUGAAAAGAUGUGAUGAGUGGGAAAAAAAACAAAAUCGUUAUUCGCACUUGCUGGCUGGAGGAAAUGUUUCUGUAUCUUCAUCUCUGUAUUUGAGGUUAAAGCUGCCAUCCUCAGCGGUGCUCCAGUCGCCUGGUUACAGAUCAAACCUAGACCGUUGAUGAUGAGUCUAAUGAGCUGUUAGGUCAGCGUAGGCUUAGUCAAACCCACAACCAUUUAGUUUACGCACGACUCUUCUUCCCGGCAAGAGUUCACACCCAGGAUGCAUCACCAAGUGAAAGAAGGGAGUCUGAUGUUGAAGUUUGAAGUUUUCACAUUGGUCAGCUGUAUAUAAUUUAAAUGUGACGAGUUUAGCGUUGGUCAAUUAGACAUUAAAAAGCAAAAAGGGAACUAAAAGUAAGUUAAAUUCUCUUAAAAUUGGUGUAUUUCUCCUUGAUUUGAGCAGGUAAAUAAGAUUAUCUGCCAAUGGAAUGAGUAUUUUUACCCCUAAAAUAAGAUAAUUAGCGACACUGCUCUUAAAUUAAGAUGAUGGCGAUGAGUUGUUCUUAUUUUAAGCGCAAAACUCUUCUUCCAUUGGCCGAUCAUUUACACUUACUUGCUUAAAUAAACGACAAAUACUCAUUUCAAGAAUGUAUUACUCUUUCAGUUCCAUUUUUGAAGUGUAGAUCAGACUAAGGCUACUCUGUGGACCUUUUAUGUCCACAUCCAUGAUGUUAAUGCUGAAUGGAUUAGAUGUGACACGUAGUAUUACAAGAACUGAGUAGUAUUUGACAGCUCUCUGUCUUGCUUAAGUUGUUGCACAAUCUUCUUUUGGUUGUUCGUUUUGCGUCGCCCUUUAAAGAUGAAUCAUGUUGGGAGGGGAAAGUGAGUCUUGAUGAGUGAGAGAAAGAUCUUCUUUUGGAUGUGUAAAAAAAAAAAGA